CAGUGAGAGAGGGGGAUGAGACUCACUUUAAACUCACCCCCUACUAAAUCACCGGGUCAUAUGGAGACCACCCCCUCUCUCUUGGAGUACACGCCGCGGGAACCUGGGAUGAGUGUAUUGCUUCCGCAAAUUAACGUUAUAUGAAAAAUUAGCAAGCUAAAGACCCACAGGGCCACAACUUGCAACUUGUAGGUAGACAGGGCAGUCAAUCACGACCCAGACUGACAACGUACUCUGGGUGAAACUUUAUAUAAUCUAUAAAUUCAAAGCACAAUUCCAACAUCUAUCUUACAAAUACAACUGUCUGAGAUAAUUGCUUAAAGUUGCUCUCUCCUUUCUUCUUUUUCCUUCAAAUUCAAUCAAAUUUUGUUCUCUCGUGUUUCUUCUCUCAAACAACUUAUAAUUAUGGCACAGAUUCUUAUGAGCGGUGCAACGGGUAUUCUAAAAAAGCUGGUGGGUGUUGUUUCCGAAGACAUUGGUUCCGCUUUUGGUGUCAAAGAUGACUUGAAGAAGCUUCAAAGUACCUCUGAAAUGAUUCUGGCUGUGAUUGCCGACGCGGAAAAGAGGCAAGAGAAGGAAGAACUUGUUAGACUUUGGUUGAGAAAGCUCAAGGGAAUUGCUUAUGAUGCUGACGACGUGAUUGAUGAGUUCUCUUAUGAGGACAUGCGUCGCCGUGAUACAAAGGACAGAUUGAAGCGUAAGGUACUCAAUUUCACUUCAUCUUCAAGCCUUCCGUUUACAUUUCGCUUAAAAAUGGCUAAACAAAUUAAAGAUAUUAAUAAGAGAGUAGAAGAAAUAACACAACAAAUGGGUAGCUUACAGUUGGAAAGUACUACACCUAAUCUUGAUGGUGAAACUACUUUACAAUUGGACCGAGAAUUCACAUCCCAUGUUAACGAGUCAGCAAUUGUAGGAAGAGAGAAUGAUGAAUCCCAAAUAAUGAAACUUUUAACAACCCAUAUCGUAUCUUCUUCUUCAUCAUCAGCAUCAACAUCUUCCGAAAACAUUUCUGUAAUAUCCAUAGUUGGUAUGGGGGGGCUGGGUAAGACAACACUCGCACAACUCGUUUACAAAGACGAGUGGGUAAACAAAGUCUUUGAGAUAAAAAUGUGGGUCCAUGUCUCGGAAAUUUUUGAUAUUGAAAUCAUCUUAGUAAAAUUAAUGGAGUCCAUUACUCAAACUAAGUUCCAUAGGCUUUCAAAUUUUCGUGUACUAGUAAAUAAAGUUCAAGAAAAGUUAAAUGGGAAAAAAUACUUAUUAGUACUGGACGAUUUAUGGAACGAGGAUUCAGAGCAAUGGGGGAUCCUCAUGUCUGUGUUGCUCGCUGGUGGUCCAGGGAGUAAAAUAUUAAUUACCACACGUAAUCACCAAGUUGCAUCUGUUGUUGGGGGUAGUAUUCCACCUUACAAUUUGGAUCCACUACCAGAUGAUGCAUGUUGGUCUAUCAUUGAGAAGAAAGCAUUUUCUCCCGGUGGAGCAUUAAAUGUACCAGAAAUGUCAGAUUUAGGAAAACAAAUAGCAAAAAAGUGUUCUGGUUUACCACUUGCAGCUAAAUUUCUAGGAGGUCUAUUGCACUUAAAAAAUAAAGAAAGUGAUUGGAAAUCAAUUAGGGAUGAUGAUAUCUGGAAUACAUCAAAAAACAAAAUAAAAAUCCUACCUGUAUUAAUACUAAGUUAUAAUAAUUUGCCAUCUCAUUUGAAACAAUGUUUCUCUUAUUGCUCAAUCUUUCCCAAGAAUUGGGAGAUUAGUAAAGAAACUUUGGUGCAUCUUUGGAUGGCAGAAGGAUUUAUAAAACAAUCUAAUAUAAGAAACAAGAGAUCUAUUGAAGACUUUGGACGUGAUUAUUUUGAAAGUCUGGCGUGGAGCUCCUUUUUCCAAGAUUUCAAAAAGAACGAACUUGGCAACAUUGAGACAUGCAAGAUGCAUGAUCUUGUGCAUGAUCUUGCACAAGAUGUUCUUGGGGAAAAUGAAAUUAUGUCGCUCAAGGCAAGUAAGCUUACAGAUGUUUCUAAAAUUUAUAGAUUACACUUAGAUUUGGAUGAAGACAUAUCAACAACAUUUCUGAAAAGCUUAAGUGGUGUGAAGAAGUUGCGGACACUUUUUAUCCCUCAAGGUUCACAGUUGGAUCCGUCUAUAUUCUCAGAAAAUAAUCUCUUACGUAUCUUACAUGUGGGUUCUUCACCAACUCCUUCUCUUCUAAAGUUGUCUUCUUUGAGGGUUAAACUAAAACAUUUAAGGUACCUUCGGCUUACCCUCCUUGAUCUUAGAGAAAUAGAGGAUGAUCACUCGAUCAAUAAGCUUUAUAAUUUGGAGACGUUGGUAUUGAGUAGAAUAGCCGGGGUUCAAAGUCUUCUUACAAACAUUCAAUCUUUACAGCAAUUAAGAUAUCUUGAAGUCUCGUGGACAGAUAUGAUAGAACAACUACCUGUUUCUGUCACAAGUCUUUCUAAUUUGCAAACCUUGGAUCUCAAUAAUAAUGGCUUAUUGAAAGUCAUUCCAGACUCUAUCUCUGGUUUGAAAAAUCUAAGAUUUCUGAAUUUGUCAUUCAACCCAAUCGAAGAAUUACCUGUUUCUAUCACCACUCUCUCCAAUUUGCAAACACUAGACGUCAACACCUGCAAAAGUUUAAAAGCCUUACCAGAGUAUGUUGCAAAUCUUUCUAAUUUGGAGAUAUUUAAUUUCAAAAACUGCCGAUUAUUAGAAGCAUUACCUAAAGAUUUUGGAUCAUUAACACAGCUAAGGUUCAUUGACCUAGAGGGUACUCAAAUCAGAGUAUUACCCGAGGCAUGCACUAACCUCAACAAUCUUGAGUAUGUGAAUCUUGGGGACUGUGAGCUUCCCAAAGAGGUAACGAAUUGGAUCAAACUAAGACAGUUUUAUCACAGGGGAACACUAAUGGGUAUCAGUAAAUUAGUCUUCCUGCAAACACUGACUUACAAAGUGCGGGAAAAAGGUAUGAACGAGCCUGAGUGCAAUGAUGGUAUCGAAGAGUUAGCAAACCUAAACUUUCUUGAGGUGCUAGGUAUUGGGGGUCUUCAAAACGUGAAAGACCCAAUAGAUGCUGAAAGAGCAAAUUUGAAAAGAAAGCACUAUCUUCAUCAGUUGGCACUAGUUUGGAAAGAAGUAGAAGAAGAAGAAGAGGUGGGAAUGAGCUGGGACCAGAAAUCCUGUAAUCAUCUUCAAGUAUUUGAAGCUCUCCAACCUCCUGCUGGUCUGAGAACAUUGGGAAUUCAUAAUUUCUUGGGGUCGGGCCUUCCCAGUUGGAUGUGUGUUCCAGAUAGUCUAAUGAAUUUGGAUAUAUUGGUACUUAAAAACUGCAAAGACAUUAAACAGCUACCUGCGUCUAUUGGGCAGCUAUCACGUCUCAAGCAUCUUGAUCUUACAGGAAUGUCUUUGAAGAGGCUAGAUAUGGAUGGAUUUCCUUCCUUGAUUGAACUCCAUCUUAAUGAUAUGUUACAUCUAGAAGAAUUGUGUUAUUCAUACCCUUGUCUUCAGGAUCUGAGAAUCAGAGGCUGCAAAAGGUUAACAGAAAUCCCUUCGUUUCCUUCUCUGAAGGUAUUGUUAUUAAAGAAUAAGAUCGACCCCAAGUUAGUUUGCUCAGUUGGGAGAAGCCAGACAUCUCUCACAGGCCUAUGGCUAAAUUAUGUUGAGGAUCUUAUAUAUUUCCCAAUAAGCAUACUCCAAAACAAUUGUAAUCUUCAAACUCUUCAUAUUUUAGAGUGCAGUCAGUUUCAAGGAUUUGGAGUAACUGAUGACGAGAAUGAGGAGAAUGAGAACGUGGCUUAUCUAUAUGGCCAUGAACACUUCAGUAGCUCUCUUCAGAAAUUAAAAAUCUAUGAUUGCCCAGCUCUAAAGUUUCUUCCAGAUUUACGAGGAUGGACUUCUAUUCGGGAAUUAGUCAUCUUCAAUUGCCCACAAUUGAAGGAGUCUUUAACCUAUGAUCUCAGAGAACUAUCCUUUCUUAAAGUUCUUAAAGUUGAUUUUAUUCAAAGAGACUUGCUGCUAAGAGAUCCAUCUGGUCCAGCAGAGUUAAUUAAUUAGGUGGAGCUUUAUUCAUAUCUCAGGCUACAAAGUUGAUUUCAUCGUAUAUAUUUCAUUAAUGUAGCAAAGGACAGGGUGUGCAUGUUCUACGAAAAUAUUUUUUGUGGUGCAGCUGAAUACAAGUGGGAUUAAAUGAAUAGUUUGGAAGCAGCAUAGAUUAUUAUUUAGUCGGAAUCGUUUUGCACUUAUAAGCUCAACAUUUCUCAGAUUUGUGAGUAGUCCUUCUGCAGUUGUACUCCCCUAUAUUCUUUCCUAAAUUUGCUAUUGAUUAUCCUAACUUUUAUUUCUUCGAAGGGGGUAUAUGAAUGCGUAAAGAGAUAUAUGAAACAAGCUAAUGGAGAUAUUGUUGGGUGCAAUAAUCAAAAACAAAGAAAAAUCAAAUAAGCAAAAGUUAUUGAUACUUAGCUCCUUUAUAAUGGAAGUGAUUGUUUUGACGAAACGAACAAGC